AUGAACUUCCAGGGCAUGGUUCAUAUGAUCAUCACUACUUCUCGCUUUCUCAAAAUUUCCAUGGUGCGCGUGCGGAAGGAAAAGGGAGGUCCGCCCCAGAGCGCUUCUUCUGUCCCAGAAAAGAAAGCGAAGGACAAAUCGAAUAAGAAAUCUUCAAAAACUCUACCACCAAUCUGGAAGAACAAGUCCUCGCGCUGGGAGGGAGCAAAGCUGAUCUGGAGCUCGUCAAAAGCGUCAAGGGUGUCAAGGGAGGAGAUGCACCAGUUGCCGAUGUGUACAUCGCUUUCGAAGGACGUGUCUGAGUUCUUGAAAACCCUCAACCUUGGAUCUGGUAGUGCCGAUCUUGCCUCGGCGGCGGCGGUAACGACGACCCAGAAGAAAACCAAGCACAAGAAAGCUACCCCUAAGCCGGUUCAAUCAAAGAAAGCCGACUCAAAAGACGUCGAGUCCGCACCCAAAUCAAAAGCGGGUCCCAAAAAGUCUGCGCCAAACGCAGUGGCCUCGACAUCAUCAUCCGCACCCGAAAAGGCCACCCCCAAACAAUCGAAGCCGGUCAAGCAGACCAAGCAGCACAAGACCGUCGAGCCCAUCGUAGAGCCGCCUGCUGUUGAAGUCGCUGAAGCAGCGGAAUAUACGCCUAAAGUCGAACUUCCGAAGCAAGUGACACUGGACCCGAAAUCGCGAUUCAUCGUGACUCCAGCGUCGCAUUGGUACAGCGUCGUCCCGACUUUGCCUUUGGAUACCGCCACCGCCUCCGCGACCCAGAUCGCAACAUUGAGCACCCGCGCGGCAUCGCUACACGAAACGGACCUGCAGACCUUCCAGACGUCGUCGUCGUCCAACUCCUCAGCCUCGGAAGCGACGUUCUUGUCGAAGAUCAUACAGUCGGGGACCCUGUCCGACCGGCUUAGCGCGCUCACGCUGCUGGUGCAGAGCAGCCCGCUACACAACGUCAGGGCUCUGGAGACGCUCAAAGGAAUGGCGGAGCGCGGCAAGGGAAAGGGGGGCAGGGACGAGAGCUUGAAGGCUCUGCGGUGUGUGGUCGAUUGGUGGGUUGGCGGUGGGGCCCCGGGUCGCAAGCUCAAGUACUUCCGAGACCAGCCGUUGACCCAUCCUUCGGUGACGGACGCGCAUCUUCUGGCGUGGUACUUCGAGGAUUGGCUGAAAAAGUACUUUUUCUCGAUCUUGCAGAUCCUGGAGAGCCUGUCGUUGGACCCUCUGCCGUACGUCCGGACGCAGUCGCUCUCCCUGAUCUCGACGCUGCUCCGAGAGAAGCCUGAGCAGGAGCAGAAUCUUCUGCGUUUGCUAGUGAACAAGCUCGGCGACACCGAGAAGGCACUCUGCUCCCGCGCCUCGCAUCAUCUACUGCAGCUCCUCCAGACUCAUCCGUCGAUGAAAGCUGUCGUUGUGCGCGAAGUCAUGGCUCUCGUUCUGCGUCCGGUGGGAUCGUCCGCGGCGGCGGCGGCGGCGGCGGCCCCAGCUUCAGCGGCGGUGAACAAGCACAUCAGGUUUGAUGAUGACGACGAGAAGCCCAAACCCAAGCCUAAGCCCAAACAGCAGGAAAAGAAACCUGCGGGCAACGUCCACGCGCGCUAUUACGCGACAAUCACGUUAAACCAGAUUGUGCUGGGGCCCGGUGACAAGGAGGUGGCGCUCAAGCUCAUCGACGUAUACUUUGAGCUCUUCAAAGAGCUGCUGGGUGAGGGUGCGGUUCCCGAGAACGCUGAGGCUGAGCCCGAGGCCAAGGAGGAGGACGAGAAAAAGGCAGACAAGCAUGGGCGGAUCCGCGAUCACCAGAAGGGAAAGGGAAAGGGCAAACAGACUGAGAUUCGUGGGGCUGCCGGUUUCGCUGAGGUCGAGGACGAGAAUUCCAAGCUCGUGUCUGCCAUCUUAACAGGAGUCAACCGCGCGUUGCCGUUUGCCAAGAUGGAGGCGGGUGAAUCAGCAUUGAGCAAGCACAUAGACACACUGUUCUUGAUCACCCAUACGUCGACAUUCAACAUUUCGCUCCAGGCGCUUGUUCUAAUCCAGCAGAUCUCGACGUCUCUGGAGUCCUCCGCGGGCUCUUCCUCGUCACCGAACUCCAUUGCAGAUCGAUACUAUCGCACGUUGUACUCCUCACUGCACGACCCGCGAUUGGCGAUGUCGUCCAAGCAAGCCAUGUACCUCAAUUUGCUCUUUAAAUCAAUCAAGGCGGAUGCUCCCAACACGGACCGGGUGAAAGCGAUCGUCCGGCGGUUCGUCCAGGUCCUCGUCAGUGGCGGGAGUGGGGCCACCGAGUUCGUUGCUGGAGGGUUGUUUUUGCUGGGCGAACUGUUCAGCAGCGUACCCGGCUUGAGAAGUAUGUUGAGCGGCGGGAACGCCGCGGAGGAGAGCUACGAUCCGAAAAAACGCGAUCCACGAUAUGCCCAUGCCUCUGCGAGUCCCCUGUGGGAGUUGACACCUUUGCUGCAUCAUUAUCAUCCCGCCGUCUCCCUCCAUGCAAGACAGCUGCUUGCCGGCCAACAUCUUACCGCGAGCGCGGACCUGUCGCUCAACACGACGUCACACUUUCUCGACCGGUUCGUGUAUAAGAAUCCUAAACAGGUCAAGCCGAGCGAAAAUAGUCAUAUGGUGGGCAAGGGCAAGGGGUCGAGUGCGAUGCAGCCUGCAGCGAGUGGACUGGAAAGUGGCGUCAAGCUUAUGAGGGGCGAGAUGACGGGCCUGGAGGGACGAGUCAACGACGAGACGUUCUUGAGGAGGAAGGAAUCGGACGUCCCCGUCGACCAGCUGUUUUACUAUAAGUUCUUCACGCGUAAGAGCGCCAAGGACAAGGGCAAGACGAAGGCGGAUCAAGAAGACGAGGAGGAAGAUGGGGAUGAGGCAGAAGCCGACGACGAUGAGGACGACGACGACGACGAAGCGGACAGCGGCGAGGAGAUGGAUUUGACUGGUGACGAGGCAAAGGAAAACGGACAGGAUGAUGAGGAUGACAAUGAUGGAGAUGAAAUGAGUGAAUUGGAUGAAGACGAAGUAUGGAAGGCGAUGAAAGCCAGCAUGCCAAAAGCAGACGGAGACGAAGAUCUACUGGACGACAGCGAUGUAGAUAUCGAUGACGACGAAGAACUCGACCUCAGUGCGCUAAAUGGGGAUUCCGAUGAAAUGGACGACGACUCGGAAGCCGCCGACUCUGCAGACGCUGACUCUGACGACGCACUGUCGCUUGCUGAAGGCUCAGACAACGAGGACCUCAUCUCCCUCGACGGUGAAGGCGGUCUGAUCGAGUACGAUGGUGGCUCUGAUGACGAGGAAGAGUGGGGUGGAAUCAGUGGCGACGCAAACACCAAGAAACGCAAGCGUGACGAGGAUGCAUCUGCGAGCAAACGAAAGAAGAAACGCUCGUUGCCCACUUUCGCAAGCUACGAGGACUAUGCCAAGAUGAUUGAGGAUGGGUCUGAGGAUUAUAUAUAGCUUAGCGUGUUAGUGUAGGAACUAGACAACUUGACGCAAACUAGCAACGUCGUGUGUGUAUUCGUUAUUUGCCCUCCACGUGAGCGUGUAUCCGAUAUGUGCACAGCCUUGGCUAUUGACAGAGUUUCGCGCAUCACCUACCACGUCCCCCGAAAUUCGCUCAUGGCAGACGCAGAGAAGAAACUGUACAAGGCCAAGCUUGAAGCCCGGGACCAAUUCAUUCGCGAGUCGUGGGUCAAAGCCAUGGAGGUCCGUCUCGUGCGCGAGGAGCUAGAGAAGUGCCGCAAGGGAGAGGGCCCGAACGCGCUGGAGAACUGCAGGUGGCUAGCCGACAAAUACAUGCAGAUGCUGCAGGACAACCAGCUCAAGGGAUACAAGACUAUCGAGCGGGAGUAGAUCUUUGCGGAGAAAACUUUCGAUACAUAGAAUUCUCGAUACUGCUUUCAUCGACACGCUCGCAUGCCAACCUCACGGGGUCUUCA